CUUAGUGCUGGCUAGCGACCGACGGGUUUCCAUUCUCAGCCAUUCACUGAUAAUUCAGUUAAGACAGUGUGUUCCAUGUGUGUAUGUGUGAUGCGAAGCUACCUCAGCUCAAGCGAUGUAGACGACCUUGUUGGAGCGUACAGUGUAGCGGUAGUGAAGUGGAGUGGAGCCUGCACGAACAUCGCUUUAGAAUUACGUCGUCGGUUGACAUCUACCUAUACCCAUGGAUUAUCUCCAUCACCUUCACAACCUUGAAUUGCUAAGAGAGCUACCUUUGCCAAGACCACGUCGUGGGCUACGGGAUGCUAGAAAUCCAUCGGAAUCGUAUGAGGAUGGGCCAUUUCGAGAUCGGUAUCGACUGUCAAAAGAAACCGUCAUUUACAUCAUCAACAUGCUGGAAGCCGAAUUGAAGAGGGACACACAGAGGAAUGAUCCACUUCCCGUUUAUUUGCAGGUGUUGACGGCUCUCCGUUUUCAUGCAGUGGGAUCAUUUCAAAAGAUGCAUGGUGAUGAGGCAGCAAUAUCACAGUCAUCAAUGUGUCGAAUCAUCAAAGAUGUGUCAGAAGCUAUAGCAAGAAGGAAAAGGCAAUACAUGAAGUUUCCUUCGACAAGAGAAGAAGUGGAAGCAACUCAGCGACAGUUCUUCCAGUACUGCAGAUUUCCAGGAGUGAUAGGUGCAAUUGAUGGGACACAUGUCUACAUCAGGAGCCCUGGUGGGGAUCAGGCAAUAUACUUCCUCAACAGGAAGAAUAGAUACUCGAUCAAUGUUCAGGUUGUUUGUGAUCAGGCUGGGAAAAUAACAAGCAUCGUUGCCAGAUGGCCUGGCAGCACACCUAACUCCGCAACCGUAAGUCACUUUUCAACCAAACUUGGAUGGUAGAUGUACUUAGGCGACCUGCAUAUUAUGCUGCAGUCGGAGGUCACAUGGUAAGGUCAAAGUGUUCAAAGUUUUUGUAGAAAUGUACCAAACCCGACGGUGCUCUCACUCCAUGAUGUGUCACUGCAUCGUAGCAAUCCAGUCGGAUUUGAAAUGGUCUUUACAUGAUGAAUAUAUGGUCAAGCGCGCAAAUAGUCGUUUAUAUGUUCUUCGCACUUUGAAAUAUCAUAGUCUGUAAUUUCAGGACCUUAUAGUUGUAUAUACUAGUUUCGUGAGACCAGUUGUUGAAUAUGCUGUACCUGUAUGGUCAGGAGCACUAACAAAACAACAAGUACAAGUCAUCGAACGUAUUCAGAAACGUGCCCUUAGAAUCAUUUUUGGAGCAGCAUAUUCUUCAUAUGAGCAUGCUUUACUCCAGUCAGAACUGAUGUCUCUUGAAGAUAGAUGGAUCAAACUCUUUGUCUUGCGUUUGCGAAGUCUAUGCAAAUCCCCACGUCUAAACUGUAUCACCUUCUACCUCAAAAUAGGACUUGUCAAUAUCAGACUAGAAGCUUGGCCGGAACAGUAGAGAUGCGAUGUCGAACUUCACGAUAUAGAAAUAGCCCGUUGCCCUCGUUGAUUCGGCACCUUAAAGAGAAAUUCCAGUAGUUGCAGUAAACACUGAUUUCAUGAGAAAGUUUGUAAAACAAGGCUUAAUUGUCAUUAAUCAUCGAGGAUCUAGAUCUGGUACAGUUACAUAAACUGAACUUUGUGAAAUCUUGAAAUCUACGCUGAAAAAUGUUCAGGCUGAAGAUCCCCAACACAGAUAAGCGCACGUGGGACAGUGUAUAAUUAUUGCUUCGAAUGUUGGGCCCGACGCUCUACCCGAAUCCUGUGCUUAUUUGCUGAUUUCUCAGCAAUUACACAAUUUCUUCCAGAAUCCUUUGGCACAUAUGUUUUAUUUAUACAAACAGACACUUUGGUGGUCAUUUCAUUGGAUUCUGUACGAACUCAUUUUGAUAUCGUUACCAAAACUAGCAUUUACCUUUAACUCUAAAAGAAUUUAUUACAAGGAGUAGUUUUUUUUGUAUAUAUCUUCCCCUAUCGUUACAUGUAUAAUAAUAUCAAACUACGAAUGGCUGAGAAUUAAAGAACUCAUCAUUCAUUGGACUCUUAAAAUGUGAUAUCAUUAAAAGAUUGUUUUUUAUAAAAUGCAGAUUACAUACUAAUUCUAAUGUUGAGUUCUCUUUAUGUUGGCGAACUCAAGUUUCAUUUCAUUUCAUUUUACUUUGUUAAUCAAAAUAUUUUUCUUUCAUAUGAGCAAUUAUUCACUGAUAUCUAGUCGUAAACUUAAUAUUUGAAUUGAAGUCAUAAAAAUUGCCAAAAUAUGUAUUAUUGCAGCAUAUUAGAUUAUCGUUUUUUCCCAAAGUAAUGUAAUUCAGAACUUAAUAUGUAAAUGUGUUUAUUAAUUUCUCUUUGUAUAUAUGUUUAAU